AUAACAUUCAUUAUACAAUCAUUGUUUGAGUAUUGAAUAAACAAUCUAACCGGUGUUUGUAAUAUGAUGAGCAACAUGCGUCAUCCCCGCAGAUGAUAUAUGAGGCCGACAGAAGAAUAUAAGUAAAGGAACGCUUGAAGCUGAGAAUACAAAUCUGGGAAAUCUAAAACACAAAGCCAAUCCAAGAAGAAUGGUUUUCCGCCAGAAGUGAUUGAUUAGAGAAAAUUUCUAUUCAUUACCAUGAGAGUGUGUUGUAUAAAGUAGGAAUGGUGUAAAUUUCCAUUGCUUCAUCAAAGCAAUGAUCGCAAUUAAAAUUGAAUCUGCAAAGUCGGAACACGCAAUAGUCGUAACGCAUUAAAAAUAUAUGCGAGGGAUAAUUCAUCGGUCACCCAUAUGUUAAAGGUUGAGGUGAGCUGUACAAAAAGGUAUUGGCAAAAAACUCGUUGUUAAUUCGGUGUUCUACAUUAACGUAUAGUUGGUAGAGAAGUCAUUAUACGUAUAUUAUGUUGUAUUGUCUUUUGGUGCUGAAUUGUAAUUAAUAUUGUUAUACGCGGUAAUGAUAUUUUUCUUGGACAGAGCCGAUGAUAUCUAUUGCGCCAUUAUCACAUGGUUUUAGAUGCAAUUCACGGACUCAUCUACGCGUUAAAUAACAUCUACAGCGAUUGUUUUCUGUUUUAUGAUGGCAGGGAUUUUUACAUCUAUCAUCUUCGGCGCCCCGCCUUACACAAAUUCUUUCUUCCUGUUGGCUUUCGUACUGUCAAAAUAUGCUGUCUGUGAAGAAAAUGAAGAUGGGACGGAGACGAUAGGAACGAAAAAAUUUGGAUAUGAUUUGUUCGAAGGCCCUUGGGGGAGAGUGGCGUUCUUCUCCGCUUUGGCUGUUGUUCUCAUGGUAUUAUGUGGAAUUUUUAUUUGGCAAGGCUUUUUUGCAAAAAACGGAGACGACAGUGACAACGGAGGCAAAACAGAUUGGAACAAAAUAGCGGUAAUAGUCAUCGUAGCUGUUUUCUUCAUUCUUGCCAUUUUAAUGUCUGCAGACAGUUAUGGACUGUACAAGCGUCCUUUAUCUCCAAACCAAGUGACCUGUUUAUUUUUUGCAUACGUCGGUGUUGUCAUUGUUAUAAUUAUCAUGAUAUGUGCCAUUUUGGUUGUAACUAAAAUAUCUGGUAUUGAGAAAAUAAUACCAUAUGCGGUACCUGCAGGGGUGAUCGUUAUAUUAGUGAUAUAUGCACUAUGCAAUGGUGUGGUUGACUUUAAUGAGCUGUCGGUUUAUUUGAGAACUACACCAGAAGACCCUGAUGCUGGGAAAGUGCUUCCCCCGCCUAAUGCAUAGUGAAUCUGGUAAUGUUAUAUCCAAAGGUAAAAUGCUGCUUGGAUAUUGUCUCAUGAUGAAUUGCAAUGUGUUUUUAUUUCGCAUUGUACGUCAUCAUAACGGUGUAUUAAUUAAUUUUGCCAUACCACUCAUGUAACACAAAU